AUGACGGACACUAGUCAGGCGGAAGUUCCGCCUCAGACCAACGGAAUCCAAUCGGAUGGAUUGGACGAGGAGGAGCGUGCCAAGAUCAGACCGGUGGAUAUAGAUCAGGACGUGCGCGAAAUGGAAAGACGGAAGAGAGUGGAAGUGAUAAUGAACAGCCGAUUAUUUAGAGAGGAACUCGAGAGAAUAAUCGAAACUCAAAUGAAAGAUGGCACCGGACCAAGCGGCCUUUUACAGCAAAUUUCCGACAUGGUCGGCGUAAAUAAGCAGGCCGGGAAUGUUUUUAAGAAUUCUAGCUGUGUAGUUCCUAUCAAUGACAUUAGGGGUAUCGAAGCUAUGGGCUACGCCAAGGGCGAGAAGAUUUUGAGAUGCAAAUUGGCAGCCGUAUUCAGGCUGAUCGACCUGUACGGCUGGACGCAAGGAACCAACACCCUGAUUACUGCCAGAUUAAACCAGGACGAUGAACAAUUUUUAGUAAACGCUUACGGAAUGCUCUUCCACGAACUCACUGCCUCAAGUUUGAUAAAAAUCGAUAUGCAAGGAAACGUUGUCGAACAAGGCACAACCAAUUUUUCAGUUAACAUUGCCGCGUUUUCGUUGCACGCGGCCGUCCAUGCCGCACGUCCAGACCUCAAGUGCAUUAUCCACGUGCACACGCCGUCGGUUGUGGCCAUUUCCGCACUCAAACACGGUUUACUGCCUCUUAGCCAGGAAUCGGUUGUCAUAGGCGACGUGAGCACGCACCCUUACCUCGGCGGCAUGCUCGAUGCGGAAGAGAAAGACAAAUUGGCCAGGAACUUGGGCCCCAACAACAAAGUGCUGCUUCUCUCUAACCAGGGAGCCUUGUGCUGCGGCGAGACAAUAGAAGAGGCCUUCUUCAACGCCCGCAACACCGUCCUGGCCUCCGAGGCCCAGCUCAAACUGCUACCUGCCGGUCUAGACAACCUAGUUUUACUGAACGACGAAGUGAAAAAGAAGAUAUACGACGCGGCCCACAAGGCGCCGGAAAGCACGCCACGACCCGAUCAACCCUCCAUCUUGGAGGCCAAAGUGGAGAGGAAGUGGCGCGUGGGUGGCGUCGAAUUCGAGGCCAUGAUGCGCAUGCUGGACAAUGCUGGAUUCCGUACCGGCUACAUCUACAGACACCCGUUGGUCAAGGGGGAUCCCCCCAAACCCAAGAACGACGUGGAGCUACCACCAGCAGUCUCUUCUCUUGGAUACCUGCUCGAAGAGGAGGAACUCUACCGACAAGGACUUUGGAAAAAGUUGGAGGGAGGUAGAAAGGGACACGAUAGAAGCCGCUGGUUAAACUCACCGAAUGUCUAUCAAAAAGUCGAAAUACUCGAGACUGGAACAACGGAUCCCAAGAAAAUUACAAAGUGGGUAACUGAUGGAUCACCGACGCAUUCCAGCACGCCAGUUAAAAUCGAGUCUGCCCUUCAGUUCGUUCCCAAAGGCACCAACCCCAAAGAGUUUAAAGCUAAGCAGAAAGAGAUCAAAGAGUACCGCAUAUCUCAGCAAAAGAACGCGGGUCCGCAAUCGCACAUAUUGGAGGGCGUGACGUGGGAGGAGGCGCGCAAAAUGCAGGACGCCACCGUGACACAGACCGGCGACCAGGUAGUGCUGAUGGGCGCCGCGUCCAAGGGCAUCAUCCAAAGGGGACACCAGCACAACGCGACCGUCUACAAGUCGCCGUACGCUAAGAACCCCUUCGACUGCGUCACCGACGAGGAGCUCGACGAGUACAAGAAGGUGGUCGAGAAGAAGCACAAGGGAGACUUCUCCUUUACAGACGACACGACCGAUUACAGCGAGUCGGAAGGACUUUCAUCGGCCAAUAUUAACAAGAGAAUCGGAAAUCUUAACAUUCGAUCACCCACAAGCGAGACGGAAGAAGAAAGCAGAGACGAACCGCAAAUUUUGCGAAUAGAAACGAAACAGGCCCCCAGACCCAGCCAACCAGAAGUUGUUCUUAGCGAUGUUGAGUCGCCCACUGAUGUGUUCUUAAGAAACGAGCGGACAGCAUCAAACAAUCACAAAAGUUUAAAGGAGGUGUUGGCUAGCAAGUUACCCUCAAAUCACUAUUACCGAACAAAUAGUCAUGCAGGUCUGCCGCAAGGAUCCUAUGCUGUACCCAAUCCCAAGCACUAUCACAUCGUGCACCAAAAGCAAAUCGCAAAACUGAUGCGUCCCAAAUUACUAACAAUCGCGUCGCACAAUCACUUUAACUACAAUCCCCGCAUAUUUACGAUGCCUGGCCGUAGUACGCCUAGGAUCACGCUGAAUUUCAGAGAUUCGCGUUCAGUUUUCCUCGACAUGUCCUUUCAGACUCUGCAAGCUUUUAUUGUCCCGUUCGUUAACGCUUUAAAUUUGCACGGCAUGCCUAAUAACAUCGUCCACCAAGCAUCUCAAACUUCCUACGUAAGCGACCUUGUCGGCGUCGAAUCGAACACCAAUUCCGAUUUUUCGUCCGAAUCCAGCGAGAACGUGAGCUCAUUCGAAAGAUACAUACUGGAAAGUCUGAAGGAUAAACUCGUGUCAGAUUUAAAAACCGAAACAUCGACAUCUUUCGAUUCCGCCAUAGUGGAAAGCAGCAGCACGCGGGAAACGUAUUCAAGCAUCAACACUCGUUUCGAUGAAGAUGACGAAAUUGUCGCAAACGAAAGUUGCGUUGAACUCACUCCCGACGUUUUAUCUAUAAUGCCGCAAUCUGAUACCUCUGGUAGCGCCGAUGAUUCGGAUACCAAUCUAUUGCAGGAAUUGCCGUUCUACGAAUGCGAUGACUCCAUAAAACAAUGCCUAACUGUUUUGGCCGAUAAAGUGAGCAAUGAAAUUAUCAAGCUAAGCAGCGAUUUUAAAGCUGUAAGCGGAGUCAUCGAUUUCGCAAAAAGCAUGAUUCAAAGCCCAGAUGAUACGUUUGAAACCGCAUCAGAACAACUAACCGACGAAGGAAUCAACGACUGGAGUUUUGAUCGAAAAUCCACUGCUCCUUACAUCCCAUCCGCAAACGUUAUAGAAAUGUCCAAGAUUAUCCUCGACUAUUUAGUGGAGCAAUGCUUUGAAAUAAAGGAAUUAAUACUAUUUCCUGAAGUUUUACACGAUGAAAGCCUUAAUAAAUUACUGGCCAAACUAAAACACUUUUACGAUUCUGUUUAUGGAGAUACUUGUUCUGAUGAAGAUAAGAACGAGUUGAGAAUCCAUAUUUGUUCGCACGUCUUGAAACUACUGGAAGUCGACGAGAAAAUUAACGGCUCGCCAGACACCAGUCUUAACAUAAUAUCCGAUAAAUUGUUUAGCAUUUCAGAAUUCCUCUCGGAUAUUUUAGACUUGUUUUUUAAUUGCAUCAAUAAGGAUAACAGCGUUUUAAUUGUUGAUGAAAACGGCGAUCAUGUUCUGAAUUUAACCCAAAAUCAGCCUUCGAGCGAUGAAAUAUUUAAUUCCACCAUGAACAAUAAUAAUAAUCAAGAAACUUUUGUGACUUCGUUUAAAAGUGAUUUUGAGAGCAAGAAUGGUUCGGAGGCGUAUUGGUUUUCCAUAUCCAACACACCUAUAUUGGAUGCCACUAAAGUAGAAGCAACUAUUGUGAAUGUGGAUGAUAUUCCAUUAAAACCGCCAACUAUAUGUUUGGACUCGACUUUAAAUAGAACGCUGUCUCCUAUAUUGGAAGAGCCAAUGCCUAAUAAUUUGGGCUGGACGAUGACUUCAAUCAUUGAUUUUGACGAUUCGAAUGACGAAACCAGCUCCGCAGAGCUAGAAAAAAUAACUAUUGAAAACACUUUAAUGAACGAAAGUUAUGUCCAUCCAAGUGUAAAACGGAAUUUAUUCAAUAGCUCAGGUUGUGAUCUUAUUGAAGAUCAAGUGGUUUACGAUAAUUGUAGCGAUAGUUAUGUAGCUGUGGAAGAUAGCGACCACGAAGAAGGAAAUGAGAGAAAUUUUAUUGAAGACGAUGCAAAAUCGUGCAAACACAUUUUUAAAGACUUAACAAUUCAGCGUAUCAAUGUGUACAAUUUGCCUCCUUUCACUUAUAAGAAAAAAGUAACAUUCAGAACAGAUCUUGUGGAUGAUUCUGAGAAGGAGAAUGACGAGGGAAACUGGAUGGGUUUUGAAUCUGCUAAAUUUUAAACAGUUCAUUCAUUAAUAUUUCAUGAUAAGCAUUUAACGUUUUAUUUGGCAAACAUUUGUUUUUUAGUUAUUUUAUUCGUGCUUGCAAUCAUCGUUAUUUUAUUUUUACUGUUGUGUUUGUACAUUUUCCAAUAAAUAAAUACGUUUUAAUAAUUGAUUGUUUACUUGUUCUUUAACUAACACAGGGCGCAAGCGAGUAAGUUUCUUUUGGAGAGGUAAAUUAAUUUUGGUUUAUGGUAUGCUAGCGGUUUUAAUUUUACUAUUUGUUUUAUGUGCACUAGUAUGUUAAAUGGUUUUUA